AGAUGUAGGGUGUAGGGCAGGUGCGACGUCAUUUGCCUAAGCGCCUCAAAGCGCUAGCCUGGUAGGGUCGCUUCAGUUUCCAUCAUCGUCAGUAUCGCGACAUCAACAUCACAGUACGUACGCACAAGUCCCAAGUCUCAUACAUGGGAUCAAACUUCAUUUUUGUUGUGUUUAAAGCUAUGGUACAUGUUCUCUACACCAACUGGAGGAAUGGCAUUUCAUCCACGCUGCAAACAGCUCGUCAGCUUGCUCAUACUCACAUUCGAUUCUCUUCGGCCCUCUCUAGACAGUCUACUCGUUCUAGAUAGAGCCAAGUUUUCCUCAUUCAUCUUGGCUUACAACAGACACCUGACGACUUCGGGAGCUGCGGAACCGUGGCUUACACAACACAAGGGCAGCGGCGAAACUAUUUUCAUUCUUGGGCUACACAGGGCUACCGCUGCAUUGCUCGUCUAUGUACGAUGCGCAGCGACACAAUCGGAUAUCUUGAUAAUCAAACCUUCAAGGCAUGUAACAUGCUACUUUUCGACUUCAUCUGGCUGUAAACCACGCCGUGUUCGCAUAUACACGCACACUUCAAGGUCAUCCUACACAUGAUUUGUUAGGACCAACAUGCAAAUAUGCAGAUUUGGGUACACUCAACCCUCUAUGUUCGCAUAAACACUUAGUGCAGCACAAAACACU